AUGUCUCCCAAGGUCUCCAGGAAGACCGGGCCCCAGGCCCAGGCAGGGACCCCGAAGGCACAGUUCCAGGCCGGCCAGCGGCUGCUGUGCCUGCACGGCUCCCUGCUCUACGAAGCCAAGUGCAUGCAGGUGGCUGAGGUGGUGGCUGAGGUGGCGGCCGAGGCGGAGGCCGGCUCGGUGACGUACCUCAUCCACUACACGGGCUGGAACAAGAACUGGGACGAGUGGGUCCCCGAGAGCCGCGUCCUCGAGUACUCGGAGGCCAACCUGGCCCGGCAGAGCGAGCUGCUCCGGGCGCACCAGGAGCAGCAGGCCGGGGCCAAGGCGCGAGGGGGGCUGCGGGCUCGCAAGAUCCCGGGGCCGGGCCUGCAGCAGAAAAACGGGGGGAGAGCCAGAAAGGACCCCCAAGAGAGCCCAGGCAGCGGGGAGGGCAGCAGUGGGGCCAGCGGUGGCGGCAUGGAAGCCCCCCCUCGGAAGAAGAGGGUCCCCGCGGACCCCACGGUGGAGAGCCGGGCGGCGGCCAGGUACAGGGUCGAAGUCAGAGUAGAGAUCCCUGAGGAGCUGAAGCCGUGGCUCGUGGACGACUGGGACCUGGUCACCAAGCAGAGCCAGCUGUUCGGCCUUCCCGCCCAGAUGACCGUGGACGCCAUCCUGGAGGACUACGCCCGCUGCAGGGUUCCGGCCGGAGCCCGCGAUGACCACGCUUACGCCGUACUGGAGGUGGUGGCCGGCAUCAGGGAGUACUUCAACGUGAUGCUGGGCACGCAGCUGCUGUACAAGUUCGAGCGGCCGCACUACGCCGAGGUCCUGGCGGCGCACCCCGGCGCGCCCAUGUCACGCAUCUACGGUGCCCCGCACCUGCUGCGCCUCUUCGUGCGCAUCGGGGUCAUGCUGGCCUACACGCCGCUGGACGACGGGAGCCUCGCCUUAUUGUUGAGCAAUUUGCAUGAUUUCUUAAACUACCUCGCGGAGAACGCUGGCGCCCUGUUUAGUGCCAGCGACUACGGGGUGGCCCCUCCUGAGUAUCACAGGAGAGCUGCCUGA